UGGUUCGCUGCUCCGUGUGGAAUCUGUUGCACAGCGGGCGCUGACACCCAGGAGAGAGGGAGCGAGUCUGUGGCGGGGCGCGAUCUGGUUUAUACCGGUUCCCGGGAGCUAAAACCUCGGACGGAGACCGACCCUCCCUUUGACCGAGAGGUUUGUCGUCUUUUGGUGGCCAGUGUUCACCCUCUGAGAAAAAUGUUACGAACAGAAGCAAUACAAAAAUGGCCUCAAAUUUUGCAAGAUGAUUCUUUCAAAUCCGAAAUUUGCUGAACAUGGAGAGACUUUGGCUAUGAAAGGAUUAACAUUGAACUGUUUAGGAAAAAAAGAAGAAGCAUAUGAAUUUGUUCGUAAAGGACUUCGUAACGAUGUGAAGAGUCAUGUCUGUUGGCAUGUAUAUGGACUCUUGCAGCGUUCUGAUAAGAGAUAUGAUGAAGCUAUUAAAUGUUACAGAAAUGCCCUCAAGUUAGAUAAAGAUAAUCUGCAAAUUUUGAGGGAUCUUUCUCUGUUGCAGAUCCAAAUGAGAGACCUUGAGGGUUAUCGAGAGACAAGAUAUCAGCUUCUUCAAUUGCGCCCGACUCAGCGUGCUUCCUGGAUUGGCUAUGCUAUUGCAUACCAUCUACUGAAAGAUUAUGAUAUGGCACUAAAACUACUGGAAGAAUUUAGACAAACUCAGCAAGUUCCUCCCAGCAAAGUAGACUAUGAAUAUAGUGAACUCAUCCUGUACCAGAAUCAAGUAAUGCGGGAGGCAGAUCUGUUUCAGGAAUCCUUGGAACAUAUAGAAACAUAUGAGAAACAAAUAUGUGAUAAACUUUUGGUGGAAGAAAUUAAAGGGGAAAUGCUGUUGAAAUUGGGGCGAUUAAAAGAAGCAAGUGAAGUAUUCAAAAACUUGAUUGAUCGGAAUGCAGAAAAUUGGUGUUAUUAUGAAGGCUUGGAAAAAGCUCUGCAACUUAGCACUUUAGAAGAGAGACUUCAGAUUUAUGAAGACAUUAGUAAGCAGCACCCCAGAGCAAUUUCACCUAGAAGAUUACCUUUGAAUCUUGUCCCAGGUGAAAAAUUUAGAGAACUAUUGGAUAAGUUCCUGAGGGUUAACUUCAGUAAAGGCUGCCCACCCUUGUUUACUACUUUGAAAUCUCUGUAUUACAAUACAGAAAAGAUUUCCAUAAUCCAGGAGCUUGUUACUAAUUAUGAAACCUCUCUUAAAACGUGUGACUUUUUUAGCCCUUACGAGAAUGGGGAGAAGGAGCCCCCGACAACACUUCUCUGGGUUCAGUACUUCCUGGCACAGCACUUCGAUAAGCUUGGGCAGUAUUCUCUGGCUUUGGAUUAUAUUAAUGCUGCAAUUGCUGGCACUCCAACUCUAAUAGAAUUAUUCUAUAUGAAAGCAAAAAUUUACAAGCAUAUGGGUAAUCUCAGAGAAGCUGUCAAGUGGAUGGAUGAAGCUCAGUCUUUGGAUACGGCUGAUAGAUUCAUCAACUCCAAAUGUGCAAAAUAUAUGCUUCGGGCAAAUAUGAUAAAGGAAGCAGAGGAAAUGUGCUCCAAGUUCACAAGGGAAGGGACGUCUGCCAUGGAGAACCUAAAUGAGAUGCAGUGCAUGUGGUUUCAGACAGAGUGCAUCUCAGCUUACCAGCGCCUGGGAAGGUACGGGGAUGCUCUGAAAAAGUGCCAUGAAGUAGAAAGGCACUUUUCUGAGAUAACCGACGACCAGUUUGACUUCCAUACUUACUGCAUGAGAAAGAUGACCCUUCGGGCCUACGUUGAUCUUUUGAGAUUAGAAGAUAUACUCCGGAGACAUGGAUUUUAUUUCAAGGCCGCUAGAUCAGCUAUUGAAAUAUACUUGAAGUUGUAUGAUAAUCCCUUGACCAGUGAAAGCAAACAACAAGAGAGGAAUUCAGAAAACCUGUCAGCCAAAGAAUUGAAGAAAAUGCUUAGCAAGCAGAGAAGAGCUCAGAAAAAGGCUAAAUUAGAAGAAGAGAGAAAGCAUGUGGAAAGGGAACAUCAACCAAAAAAUCAAAAGAAAAAACGGGAUGAAGAAGAAGACAGUAGUGGUCUCAAAGAAGAACUUAUACCUGAAAAAUUAGAAAGGAUAGAAAAUCCAUUAGAAGAAGCUAUCAAGUUUCUUAUACCUCUUAAGAACCUUGUUGCUGAUAACAUUGACACUCAUCUAUUAGCAUUUGAAAUAUAUUUUAGAAAAGGAAAGUUUCUGUUAAUGCUGCAGUCUGUUAAAAGAGCUUUUGCCAUCAACAGGAAUAACCCAUGGCUACAUGAAUGUUUAAUUAAAUUUUCUAAAUCUGUGUCUAAUCACAGUAAUCUUCCAGACACCGUGAGCAAAGUUCUAUCUCAGGAAAUGCAGAAAAUAUUUGUUAACAAGGAUUUGGAAAGUUUUAAUGAGGAUUUUCUCAAACAUAAUGCUGCCUCUCUUCAGCAUCUACUUUCAGGUGCUAAAAUGAUGUAUUUUCUGGACAAGUCAAGGCAAGAGAAAGCAAUUGCUAUUGCCACUAGACUGGAUGAAACUAUAAAAGAUAAAAAUGUAAAGACUUUAACAAAGGUUUCUGAGGCGCUGCUCGAUGGCAGCUUUGGGAGCUGCAACUCCCAGUAUGAGGAGUACAGGAUGGCCUGUCACAAGUUGCUUCCCUUCACUUCUGCUUUCCUGCCCACUCUGAGCGAAUUCGGCAGUCACCGCGCGGCUCUGAACCACACAGCCAACUGUGAUGUCUUGGCAAAUGAAACUUGAAAUCCUCUAGAAAGUUGACAUCUCUUAGACUCAAAGCUGAAUUCAGGUCAAGGUUUCUUUUCCAGCUUGUAUUUUAUUUUUUUUAUUUAUUUAUUUUUUUCCAGCUUGUAUUUUAAUAUAGAUAAGAAAUGAAAUACUGUUGGCCCUUGAACAACAUGGGUUUGAAUUGCAAGGAUCCACUUAAUGUGUUGAUUUUUUUCCGUAGUAAAUACUACCUUACUCUGUCGUCCGCAGUUGGUUGAAUCUGAUGCAGAACCCAGGUAGGGAGGAACUGUGUGUGCACAGGUGGCCAACUAUAAGUGUAUGUGUAUUUUUGACUACAUGGAGUGUCAGCGCACCUAACUGUUGCUUUGCACAAAGGUCAGCUGUGCUUGGAUAUCAUUUUUUUGAAUGGAGUAUUCCGUAAGCUUAUUUUAUUCUUUACCUGACUCUGCCACUUUACGUAAAAAUCUGUUAAAAUUACCUGUUUGUUCUUGUACAGUUGUAAAUUUUUCCGUUGUUAGCAUUGUGAUGGUUGCUGUCACUUCAUAUUGUAAUGAUGAUAAUUUCUUAAUUAACCUAAGUUGAAUCCAGCUCCACUGUAUUAUUUUCUUUAGAUUCAGGUUUCAUUUCAGAAUUCUAUGUUUUGAUCCCUUCUUGGUUUGCUUUGUUAUUGUCUGUUUGCUUUUUAAAGCACAUCAACAUUCAAGUAUUAACUGUAUGUCAGAAAUGGUAUGGAACUCCUUUUGGCAAAUAUUUAUUUAAAGCUUAACUUUAGUGUGAUACUUUGUCCACCUUAAUUUUUUUCUGGUGUACCGUUUUCUUCUUAAUAUCCAUGAAAAUGCUAUUGUCUGUUGAAUAAGGGUACUGCAGUUUUAUGUUGAUGAUUCAGGGUUUGGGGAUCCAUUUGCCUCUUAAUCAUGAAAAUUCAGUGGUGAAUUUGUAGCAUAUCUAGGUCAGACUUGAAGAUCCACAGGCGAGAAUUACGCUUUUUUGACUGAACUGCUUUGUGUGUUCCCAGGUAGUCUAAGUAAUCUGUAUGUGAGUGGUGUGCUUCAGGAGGGCGUAUGGGGCAGAAGACAACUUUCAGUGAGGUGUUUUUACUCUUUUAGCUAUACACUGACUAUUAAAUACGUUUUAAUAUCAGCAAAAGGGGAAUCUAGACCAUCAGCUAGUUCUGUUACCGAGUCCAAGCUCACUCUGCUUGCCACACGACAGGGCAGUGAAUCCCAGAGACGAGCUGUUGAGACAAGGAAGAGACUUUAUCUGGAAAGCAGCUGACCGAGAAGAUGGCAGGCCUGGGGCCUCAAAUAACCAUCUCACAGGGUCUGGAUGCCAGAUUCUUCUAUAGAUCAGAGAUGGGGGGAGGUGAGGAAGCAAAGUAGAAAGACUCUGAGUCUUGCAAACAUCUUCCAGAACGGCAGGCUUCAGUCAGGGGAUGUGUUAAUCUCCCCCUUCGGCCAUCUGCAGGUAGACAGGGCUCUGAACAAAGGCACUUUAGUUUAUAGGCAAGCACAGGGCCAGGGUCCUCCAGCCAAGCCAUUAAGUAUGAUCAUAACAAAAGCAAGUCAAAGAAACCAUUUCCAACAUGGAGUCAGAAUUGGCUUCCUCCCUGCAACAGUGUAACUAUUAAAACAUAGUGUUGUUGAGCAAUAUUUGGGGGGGGAUAGCUUUUGUUCUAUCUUGUACAGAAAACAGUAAUAGCAUCAUUGAAUAUGUUUUUUUCAGAACCAUAUGUCUGUAACUUUAAUACUUCCUUUUAAGACAAAUAUAAAUUCAAAAGAGAUUUUAUUUAGAGAAACUGUUCUAGUUAAAAUUGUUUUCCUUCACACUAAGUUAAUAUUUAGAUUCAUAAUUGUUGAGGGAAAAGAAUUCAGUGUAAAAUAAUGCCAACCUAUAUAAUGCUGUAAUAAAUUAUUUUGUACUUGUG